GUCUUUGGUUUAGUUGGAGCUCGGCAAGCAGCCAGAGCAAGCCAGAAUUGUGUUGGUUUGCGUCCGAUACUGGUUGAGUUUUCUUGUGAAAUCGUCAAAUUUUACAGGCUAAAAAUUCAUUUUAUAUCAGAAUCACUCUAAAUUAUUCCGGAAAUAAUCUUAUCAUAGAUAAAUUGUCCGAUAAAUUUGUAAACAUGUGAAGAUACAUCGUGAGUUUCAUUAACACUCUUAAUUGGCUUUAAUUAAUUGAUGAAUAUGUAAAAAGUAAUCUUAAAAUUGAAUGAAAAUCAUGAGAAUAAAUGUGUGAAUUGAAAACAAAGUGAUCAGAUGACCCGGUGACUUUCCGAUAAAUUCAAAAAAAACGGUUGACUCUGAAGAUAAGUGCACGUGUGGUCCAGGUGGAUCGGAUAGUGAUUGUCUUUGGUGUUCGUGUCAGUGGAUAUAUUCCUGGGAGCGUAAAGCACGUUGGUACCUGGGGAUCGUGUAUCUAGGGAUACUUUUCAUGUUGGGAGUAUUUAAACGGCGCUGGAAGCCCUCCAAACGGGGCUCCAGUGUCCGUGGAUCUGACCCUUCCCUAACAUCAGACUUGGCCUUGGACAAAACACGUUCAAUACCAUCACCAAGACAAAUUCAUCCCUUAUACAGCGAAAAGGCAGGUCUUCUUGGCUAUUAUGAUGCAGUCGGUAACACGGAGAAUUUUCCACCCGCCCCUAACAUCGUUGUAGAGGGUGGAAGAAUUGAGUUUGUUCGCCCCUCGCAUGAUGGCACCACAACUCGAAGAAAUACAGUCUCCCGAUCAUCACAGACUUUUACUGAACAACCAGAAAAGUCUGAUCCAGCCAAGGAAAAUUUAGAGGAGCGAGUCCAUGAAUUAGAGAAAAUUCUGCAAAAUGAAAGGGCAGCCGCACAACGGGAUCGUGCCACUAUUACCAAACUGCAACGUCAAGUCAACAAGCGAGAGGCGACACAGCGAGAUGUGGAACGAGAGCGUCGACUGCGAUUGGAGGCUGAGUCUCGGGUACGAGAAGCCACUGCUGAAGCAGAGCGAGCUCGUGCUAGAGUACAUCAUCUUCAACGAGAAUUGGCGAGGAUGGAGGAGUCAUCCCGAGGACUUCUGCAACAUAAGCAAAGAGCGGAACAGUUGAAGCAGGAAAGGACAGCACUUACACUUUCUUAUGAGACACGUGUACAUCAAUAUCAAACACAAAUAUCUAAACUUCAAUUGGAGAACGAAUCAAUGCGAGGACAAUUGAGAGGUUUAGAAGCAGCUUGUGCUGGUGAAGUUCAUGCUGCUCUUGUUGCAAGACUUGCUACUCUAGAGACUGAACACGUUGCUCUCGCGAGAGAUGCCGAUGCACAGAGAAGACAGUAUGAGAGGUGCUUAGACGACGUCGCAAACCAAGUGGUUCGUGCUCUACUCUCUCAAAAGGGUUUAAAGGAAGAAAUUGGAACCCUUCAAAAACGUAUUCGUGAAUUAGAAGCACAAAAUCGCGCACUUUCUGGUCUUUUAGCCCAAGCGACUAGUCCUGGAAGUCCAUCUGAAUUUAUUCAAGGUAUUAUUGAAGCCGGCCCAGCAACUUUAGUUGCUGCACUAGGUCUUGAUCCUUCAUUUGUACCAUUAUCAAGACCGCGAUCUCUUAAUUUAAAGAUUCCUGUUAUGGCAACAGCUAAAUGUCGUCGAAAUAGACCAUUAGGUCAAAAGACUUCUGAAGAAGAAGGUAGCGAAAGCCCUGAGAGUGGAAAUAGAGAUGAAGGAUAUUCGACUAUGUCUUCAGAUGUUCAGGGUGAAGGUGCUCGUCAAGAACCAUCGAGAGGACUAGAGGAUCUUAAAGAAGCUACUGAUGAAACAGAAGGGGAUGUCUCGCCAGAUGCACGACUUGUUACUUUAAAUACAGGAGAUCCAGAUGUACUUUUUCUCCCUCUCAACCUCACGGUUGGAAUAAAUCCAAGGCACAGUUAUCCGCCAUCCAAAGAGCUUCUCCCCUAUCAACACGUUAUGCGGAGUUUUUCUGAUAGUCACUUAUAUCUCAAACUUACUACUACUACCGCAAAUAUCACAAAUUCACCGUACAAUAUUCCAAGUCCUAUGGGAUCUUCGUCUCUUUUACUUGUUGAGGAAGAAGGAUGGGAUGCUGAGUACGUCCAGCAGUGGCUCAGGUUGGAUGACUCAAGAAGUGCUCAACAACAUCGUGAUCUCUUAGAAUUAGAAUAUGAUAGAGCAGAAUUAGAAGACUGGAGCUUUUCGCUGUCAACCGAUGAUCUCCGAAGCGAAUCAUCAGCUUGGAAAGAAGAGAGUCGCUCAAUCGCACCAGCGCUUCCAGCUAUCAAAGAGCAAAACCCAAUUGAAUUAGAAGAAGAUGCCAAUGAAUGUUUGUGGAACGGAGCGAGUUAUCUUGCUGAUCGAACAGGCGGUGAACUGGUGGCUCUCUUGAUGGAUACGAGAACAGCUGGGCCUUGGCCUUAUGCUUCAAGUCCUGGAGCAUCUUGGAGUAGUGAAGAAGGUGCUCUUGAAAAUUCUAGUAAAAGAUCAUCGGCAGCUUUAUCAGGAUGUAGUGAUGAUCCAGAUUCACCGUCAAUCGGUACAGACUUCACACGUGAUUUUUAUCGACUAGUCAAAUUUGAAAGUACCAAGAGCCUUGCCAGUACGUCUUCCAAAAGUGGUAAACCACUACCUGAUCGAGAACAAGCACUUCAAAGUGUCCUAUCAUUUAUUGCUGAACAACAAAUGUACCUCAAUGAACGGCCAAAUACUAUCGGCAGUUCAGAACAAAGUCAAGUUGAAGUUUUAGAUUAUGAGUUCAAAAACGAUCCUACUGUAAUCUUAAGUGAAGAAACGUUACUAGUACGAAAACCUUAUGAAUUUUCGGAUAGAACUUCUGAAGUUUCUUCUGUGGAUCCUUUGGAUCGAAUUCAAGUCGUUCCUAGUUUACCUGAAGACCGAGUUAUCAGUGUUCCUUGUACAGGAUUAAAUUUCGCUGGAGUUGCUUCUACAGAGCUUGGAGCAGUCCCUGAAGAAGAUGAAGAAGGUGCAACAUCAUCGACACCGAGUACAGUUGUGAGCCCUGCGAGAGCUCCAUUGUUAAUUGAAGGACGAGAUAGAUCUUUGAGCUUCCUUGAACGUGCUACCUCCAAAGACGUGAUCAAUGAGUUGAAUAAGAUGAUAAGGAAGGGAGAAGAUAAUCCAACGACUCAAGAUUCUCAAGUGACAUUAGAGAAACUAGAUCUUGCCUGUUGUUGUCCCACUGGAUGGGUUCACGUCGAACGUGAUAUUGACUUUACCGACCCAAAGGCUAGAGCGAACCUUUUAGACGUGAUGUUGGCUAGCAGUGAAAGUUCUUCAGCUACAUCAAGUAGUGGUUCUGCAGGAAGCGAUUCAGGUGAUGAACCACCAGAUUAUCAUCAUCUUCACCGAUUACAUCGUUAUCGUCGACAGAAGAAAGUAUCAGCAGCCCAAGCGCAUCGUGUCCUACGACUACCAUCCAUCUGGGGUUCUUCGAGGCCUUCUAUUAUCGAACGUGGUGAUGAUUUCUUCGUACGUUAUGGCGAGAAGGAACGUGAGGCAGUGGCAUCCUUUGACUUCUUAGAUGACAUCACUGUACCUUCAUCAUCAUCUGGUGAACUUGAUGAUCUCCUUCCAACCACAGAAUUUAUGAAGGUAUCGCCACUUUGAAAUAAAUCUGUGUACACAUGAAGAUAGACUUAGAAAUUACAAUUGAGCUUAGAAAAUGAAAGAAAACUACAAAAUAGAUUUAAGCAGACUUUUUUAUGAAUUUUUCAAGAGAACUUAAUGGCAUACUUUUUCGUUUUUUUAAUUUUUAUUCUCUUUUUUUGUAGAAAUUGUAGAAUCUCACAUGGAUGUAUCAUGAAAUUUUUUAGACAAGAUAUUCAGCUCGGACAAAAAACAAAUGUCUGUGAACACAUUAAUUAUUAAUUUGUAUUAGUUAGGAAACAAUAAAAUGAAUAUUUGUUUAGUGAUUUAAGAUAAUCAUCACAGAAACGAGAUAGUUUAUACUAUUUACGCGAUAAAAAAAUCACAAAGUAUUUCACAUAUUUAAGUAAAAAAAAACAACGAACUUUGGAAUAGUUGAUCUGCAAUAUCUAUUAUUUUAGUUUUACUAUUUAUUAUCCAAAGCAAAAAAUGCCAGAUCAUUCCUGUAAAACAUUAAUUAAUGAUGACUGAUCAUGCCUUAAAAUAUCAAUUCAGUUUAACAAUCUGACAUCCAAACAAAAUGUCAGCAAAAUUCUGAAAACUCUAAUGCACUUUUUUUAUUUUAAUCAAGUGCAAUGCUAAACGGUACACUAUGAUUAAAUUAUUAUUAUUAUAAUUAUUAUUAUUAUUAUUAUUAUUGAUAAUACUUUAUUUUAUGCUCCUGAAAUAUUCAGAAAUAUUGUAAAUACAAUGUAUUAU